UCCGGUUCGACCGGAAAUCUUAUAUUUGGCGUUACUGCUGAAAGAUAUGGCUGCAUACAUUAUAUUAGCCUGCUAACUCGACGUUUACGUUUGACAUAAGCUUAAUUCUUCGACCAACGUUUUGAAAUUGUAUGAUAACAAGCAAGUUAUAUCGCUUCUGUAGACACAAAAAAAUCGUUAACUAUGUUAACGACUUUCUGAGUUUUGUAAAUCACGUUAGCUACCAAGCUAUACAAAGGAGAAACCAGUUAGCCAGCUACUAGCCUAGCUAGUACUAGGUGGCUAGCUAGUUUAGCUCCUUACGAAGUGUUUUAUUGAUAUUUUGUUACCAGCUAGAUAAAAAAAACAUAGCUGGAUACAUUUGCUGGUGUUACAAAGAAAAAGCGUCUAUCGAGCCUCAAUGCCCGAACAAGGCCCAAGGAUGAAUGGUUUUUCCCUCGGCGAACUAUGCUGGCUAUUCUGUUGCCCGCCCUGUCCCAGUCGCAUCGCAUCCAAACUAGCCUUUCUCCCUCCCGAACCCACGUACUCCGUACAUACCGAUGCUAACGGGACGAGUAGCCUGCAUCUAUCCGAGCGAGCAGACUGGCAGUACUCCCAACGCGAACUGGACGCUGUCGAGGUGUUCAACACCAGAACCAGUCGGGGAAACCGGCUGGGUUGCAUGUUUGUACGAUGCGCACCCAACAGCCGGUACACGUUGCUCUUUUCCCACGGUAACGCAGUGGACUUAGGCCAAAUGUGCAGUUUCUACAUCGGCCUCGGUUCGAGGAUAAACUGCAACGUCUUCUCGUAUGAUUAUUCGGGCUACGGUGUCAGCAGCGGGAAACCGUCAGAAAAGAACCUGUAUGCGGACAUCGAGGCUGCCUGGCAGGUGCUAAGGAACAAGUAUGGAGUGGCCCCAGAGAACAUCAUCCUGUAUGGCCAGAGCAUCGGCACGGUACCCACGGUGGAUCUGGCAGCGCGCUACGAGUGUGCCGCCGUCAUCCUGCACUCACCUCUUAUGUCCGGCCUGCGAGUGGCCUUCCCUGACACGCGCAAGACCUACUGCUUCGACGCCUUCCCCAGCAUUGACAAGGUGUCCAAGGUGGCGUCGCCGGUGCUGGUGAUCCACGGCACGGAGGAUGAGGUGAUCGACUUCUCGCACGGCCUGGCAAUGUACGAGCGCUGCCCGCGUGCUGUGGAGCCCCUGUGGGUGGAGGGCGCUGGGCACAACGACAUCGAGCUCUACGCCCAGUACUUGGAGCGACUCAAGCAGUUCAUCUCCAUCGAGCUGCCCACAUCCUGAUCUCCCUUGGCCUCCUCCACUAAAACCUAGCGGGGGGCUGCGUAUCAAGUCGAAAAUGGCCUCCUCCACUAAAACCUAGCGGGGGGCUGCGUAUCAAGUCUAAAAUGGCUUCCUUUUGUCUUUCCUUGAUCUGUGCAGAGAGAAGUGGAUUGGUGGACAUUUGAUACCUGAAAUCCACCAUGUUGGUUUGUAUUGUUUAUCGGUGCAGAUGUUGGAGAGGAGGAAGUGUUGAGAUGCUUCCCCCAGGGCUUAACCAGGUCAGGCUGAGCUGAGCCAGGCCAAGGCAUCCCCGGUGCUCAUAUGUGGACAGGUCCCAGGUCUCUUUGCCAAGGAGCUAGGGCCCGCUCACUAUUUGCACUUGCUCUUCAAUCUGGAUCUCGAUUUGUUUCUCCUUCUCUGUCUCUCUCUCUGUCGGUGGGGAUGUGAUAAAUUCCCUCUGCGAUCUUGUUCUCUAUUUCAUCUGUUUCUCUCUUUUAUGCUCAUGAUUGAUUGACUUUGUAUUAUUUUCUACCUGAUGAAGAACAAUCUGUUUUGCACCUCAGAUACAUGAUUAAUGUUCUUGCUUGUUUGUGUUUGUAAAAAAUUGUUUUGUCUUUUUUAAAAUUUGAUUCAGGGUGAAUUGAAACGAAUGCGCUGUUAUGGUGCAGAUAUUUUCAGGUAAUCAUACUGUAUGUUCUGAUGUAGCUUUUCUGUUAUCUUAUUGACAUUCCAUGUGUUUCACUACACAGAGAAACUCAUUCCCAUCUUGUUUUCAAGGCCAGUGUGUGACCGUGUGGUUUAAAAACGUCAUUACCCAGCUCACCCCUGGGUGUCUCACCUCUGUAACAGUGCUCUUGUUAACUGGAGGUCAUGUGGUAAGAAGGGCCAGGUGUUUUUCCUCAACUAGGGUUUUCCGGUGACGGACACCACCUGACCCUAAUGAUGACACUUGACCAUGUAUUAAAUAAAAACACACCUACAAUGUACUGUAAUUGAACCUGUGUCCCAGGACUGAAUCAGCCCCUGACCUCGCGGCCUGGAUUUGAACACCCCUAUGCGGAAUCCCAAAUCAACCCCUAGCCAGUACUGUCUCUAGACAACACCUGAUCUACCCCUAGCCAGUACUGUCUCUAGACAACACCUGAUCUACCCCUAGCCAGUACUGUCUCUAGACAACACCUGAUCUACCCCUAGCCAGUACUGUCUCUAGACACACCUGAUCUACCCCUAGCCAGUACUGUCUCUAGACACACCUGAUCAGCCCCUAGCCAGUACUGUCUCUAGACACACCUGAUCAACCCCUAGCCAGUACUGUCUCUAGACACACCUGAUCUACCCCUAGCCAGUACUGUCUCUAGACACACCUGAUCAACCCCUAGCCAGUACUGUCUCUAGACAACACCUGAUCUACCCCUAGCCAGUACUGUCUCUAGACAACACCUGAUCUACCCCUAGCCAGUACUGUCUCUAGACAACACCUGAUCUACCCCUAGCCAGUACUGUCUCUAGACACACCUGAUCUACCCCUAGCCAGUACUGUCUCUAGACAACACCUGAUCAACCCCUAGCCAGUACUGUCUCUAGACACACCUGAUCAGCCCCUAGCCAGUACUGUCUCUAGACAACACCUGAUCGACCCCUAGCCAGUACUGUCUCUAGACAACACCUGAUCGACCCCUAGCCAGUACUGUCUCUAGACAACACCUGAUCGACCCCUAGCCAGUACUGUCUCUAGACACACCUGAUCAACCCCUAGCCAGUACUGUCUCUAGACACACCUGAUCUACCCCUAGCCAGUACUGUCUCUAGACACACCUGAUCAACCCCUAGCCAGUACUGUCUCUAGACAACACCUGAUCUACCCCUAGCCAGUACUGUCUCUAGACAACACCUGAUCUACCCCUAGCCAGUACUGUCUCUAGACACACCUGAUCAGCCCCUAGCCAGUACUGUCUCUAGACACACCUGAUCUACCCCUAGCCAGUACUGUCUCUAGACAACACCUGAUCAACCCCUAGCCAGUACUGUCUCUAGACACACCUGAUCAGCCCCUAGCCAGUACUGUCUCUAGACAACACCUGAUCGACCCCUAGCCAGUACUGUCUCUAGACAACACCUGAUCGACCCCUAGCCAGUACUGUCUCUAGACAACACCUGAUCGACCCCUAGCCAGUACUGUCUCUAGACACACCUGAUCAUCCCCUAGCCAGUACUGUCUCUAGACACACCUGAUCAUCCCCUAGCCAGUACUGUCUCUAGACAACACCUGAUCUACCCCUAGCCAGUACUGUUUCUAGACACACCUGAUCAGCCCCUAGCCAGUACUGUCUCUAGACAACACCUGAUCUACCCUUAGCCAGUACUGUCUCUAGACACACCUGAUCAGCCCUUAGCCAGUACUGUUUCUAGACACACCUGAUCAGCCCCUAGCCAGUACUGUUUCUAGACAACACCUGAUCUACCCCUAGCCAGUACUGUUUCUAGACACACCUGAUCAGCCCUUAGCCAGUACUGUCUCUAGACAACACCUGAUCAGCCCCUAGCCAGUACUGUUUCUAGACACACCUGAUCAGCCCCUAGCCAGUACUGUCUCUAGACACCCGUGUAGAUCUGAAAAGAACAGAUUUAAGCAGUAUUCAUGUUUUUGUUCAGAGAUUUUUUACCAUAUUGCUAAGACCUAUCCAUUUAUUUCAGAUCUAGAGGUAUGUCUCGGGUGUAGGAGUUGAUUUGGCAUUCGGCACCAGUGUACAUGUUUUUCUUCAGAAGUUUUCCGUGAAGCCAUUUUGUUCGUCUGUUCAGAAUUAAGAUUGAGUUUAAUGUAAAUGCUUUGGGUUGCUUUCCUUUCAUUUCAACACUACAAAUAAAGCCUUAAGUCUGUGGACAUUUCACCCUAACAUUCCUGUCGACUUGAGUUGGGGAGUCUCAUGGUCUGCAGGGGGACUGACUGCUGCUAUUGGUUCGUUUGGAGGAAUCUUCUCAAUCACUGUGAAAAUAUGUUUUGGGGUAAUACUGAUCAAAAAGGUACUUCACCUAAUGCAAUCUCAAUGAGUCUUCACAUGUAGAUGAGAGAUUUUUGAGCCAUCUCACCACCAUUUGCAGAUUCUGGCUGUAUCCCUUUGGGGGUAAGGGGGAUUCCCCCCAACAGACCCUUUCCCUGAUCCCCAUCUCGUUUCACUCCAAAGAACUCUGCAAGUGUCACCAGGACUACGUUUUGGAAGAAACACUGCAUGCAAACAACUUUUCAUAAAGGACAUUUUGAGUGAAGAAGCCAGAGGAAUCACUGGGUUGGAAGUAUUCUGCAAAUGUUCUCAGCUGUAAAAAAGAAGAGAGAAACACUACACUGCUCACGGAGUGUCCGUUUCGAAGGAGGAGGUAAAAUUGAAGGAUAUGUGCAUAGCAACUUGUGAUUAACGUUUUGACUGAACAGUGUAUUGCUGUGGGGUGAUGGCUGUAUUUUGCGGUCGUGGUUGGGUUUUCGUGUGAUGAAUAAAAGAUUCUAGUGUUUUCUCGUCAUAACUUACUAAGGGGCCUAUGUUUUGACACAACGAGCCCUUUAACUUAACAUCUAGUUUUUUCUGCUUGUCUUUUUAAAGAACGAAAAACUGCUUUAGUCCCAUUUAUUGUUUUGAUACUGACAUUUUUACAAUGUUAUUUUCCAGUAAAUGUUGAUAGAUUUACACUCUAAUGCUGGUUUGUCAGAACCAUAUGUAAUGUAUCUAUAUCCUCUAUACAUAAUAUAAAACAUUGAUUUAAGGGCUAUUCUAGCCUACUUGAGUUUAACACUGGAGUCACAGUAUGCAAAUCUAAUGCAUAAAAAAAACUAGUGGGUACAGAGGUUUCUUAGUGUCAAACAAAGAAAAAGCCUUAAAUGUGCCGUGCUACAGAUUGUCAUUCAUGUUGGCUGUGUUGCUUUCUGGCAACACAGUGGAUGUUUUAAUGCUUAAUGGAAUAAAGAAUGCAUGGAAUUACA